AUGGAAGAAGUGAAGGUAAUCGGUGCUUGGCCUAGUCCAUUUAGCUACAGAGUCAUUUGGGCUCUAAAACUGAAAGAUGUAAAUUAUGACUAUGUAAAUGAGGAUCUCACCAACAAGAGUGCCAUGCUUCUAGAGUACAACCCAGUUCACAGGAGGAUCCCGGUGCUCGUUCACCAGGGAAAGCCAAUUGCAGAGUCCACAAUCAUCCUCGAAUAUAUAGAAGAGAUGUGGCCUUGGAACCCCUUGCUUCCCACUGAUCCUUUUGAAAGAGCCGUCGCUCGGUUUUGGGCUAAAUUUGCCGAUGAUAAGGGCUCAGUUAUUUGGACAGUCUUUCGGACCGUUGGGGAAGAACAAGAAAAAGCUAUAAAAGAGAGCUUGGAAAUGCUUAGAACCAUUGAAGAACAUGGGCUUGGAGAAAAGAAAUUUUUUGGCGGGGAGGAGAUUGGAUUAGCCGACUUGGCAUUUGGAGGGCUUGCUUAUUGGUUGGCUGUGAUUGAAGACAUAGUGGGUGUGAAGUUAGCCGAAUCCCAUACUUUCCCUCGAUUGGAUGCUUGGAUAAAGAAUUUCAAGGAAGUCCCAGUAAUCAAACAGAACCAUCCAGAUCCUGAGGAAAUGCUGGUCUUUUUCAGAGGUCAAAGAGAGAGGAUUCUGGCAAGGCUAGCAUCAUCAGCAUGAUACUAGUAUUCUAGCAUCAAGAGUUCCUGGUCCUUUGUGGCCUCCGUUUCCAUCUAUCUUGCUAUAUGUGAUUUCUAAUGUUGGAAUUAGUACCAAAUAAAUGAGAAUAUGCGAAUUCCAUCAUGUAUUGUAGUUGUAGGGGAGCUUUAAUCAUAAAAGAGAAUUACGAAUAAUUGGUGGAGCUUAGUAGUGCUACUGGUCACUCUCUAUAAAAUUGUAGUUGCUUUUAUAUUGUAAUACGAAUUCCUAUAAUUGACCUC